UACGGAAUACACCAAUAAGGAGAGGGGAACGACGGCCACCGGCCAACACUAAAAAAACCCGCCAAAAGAGUGACGUUUCAAUAGCUUUCUCUCUCUUUUCUUUAUUGAAGUCCUGCUUUUCUAGAAUCCCGACAGUCCAAGACCACGUAGACUCACAUCAUUUUAUCUUUCCACCAAAUUUUCUUCUGAAAAUCAAAUUUCAUAACACUACUUUUACCAAAUCAAGUCAAAUUACAAGCUGAAGCUUCUUCUUCAAUCCCCCUUCUUCUUCAAAAAUCGACCUUAGCAAUUUUCUCAAAAUGUGGGCGCCACUUUCCAAAAUAAGUAUUUCCCCCCUCCCUUAAAAGUCAAAACCCCUUUUUCCAUUUUCCCAGAAACCAAAAAGUUUAACAAUGGCGACUGUGGAAGCUGAAAAUGCAAUGAAAGUAGGGGAAGAUUCCAUUGUUGUGAGGAACAAAAGAAAGAGCAUGAGGAAGCAGAGGAAAUCAAUGUUUUUGCCUAGAUUUGGAUGUUUUAGAUUGGGUGAUGAAUCUGCCACCUUUGAUAAGAAGAAUCAAGAUGGGAGUACUGAUAUGGUGUCUGAUCGUGGUGUAGUGGAUCAUCACCCUCAUCCAACUCACUUGAUUGUUAUGGUUAAUGGUAUUAUUGGCAGUGCAGAAAAUUGGAGAUAUGCUGCAAAGCAGUUUCUCAAGGCUUACCCUCAAGAUGUUUUAGUUCACUGCAGUGAAAGAAAUACUUCGACCUUAACAUUUGAUGGAGUUGAUGUGAUGGGUGAACGGCUAGCAGAUGAGGUGAUAUCAGUCAUUGAGCGUUAUCCAUAUCUACGGAAAAUCUCAUUCAUUGGUCACUCUUUAGGUGGUUUGAUUGCAAGAUAUGCAAUUGCCCUGCUUUAUGGGGAAAACUAUUUGAAUAGACUGUUGAAAAUGAGUGGAGAAACUGGAACCAAUAGUUGUGCAGAAGUAUUACAAGGAAAAGAUUAUAUUGGUAAAAUUGCUGGUCUGGAGCCGGUGAAUUUUAUAACAUUUGCAACGCCGCAUCUUGGUUCACGGGGACACAAUCAGGUUCCAAUAUUCUGUGGCCUCCACACAUUAGAAAUAAUAGCGCGCCAAACAUCAUGGUUUCUUGGGAAAACAGGAAGGCAUCUGUUUUUGACCGACAAAGAUAAAGAAAAGCCCCCUCUUCUUCUUAGGAUGGCAAAUGAUUGUGAGGAUCUUCCAUUCUUGUCUGCAUUACGUUCUUUCAAUCGCCGUGUUGCUUAUGCAAAUGUGCGCUUUGACCAGCUUGUUGGAUGGUAUACAUCUUCACUGCGGCAUGAAAAUGAACUCCCUAAGAGGCGACAAGUUGAAAGAAAUGACAAAUAUCGGCACAUUUUAAAUGUGGAGACGGGAGUAGUUGCUGCUCCUCAACGAGGCUCCACUUUGGCAUCCAUCAUGUAUGGCUGGAAAAAAUUGAGAACAAGAGAAAUGAUGAAAGAAAUGAUCAAGGGGCUGACCUCUGUGAGCUGGGAAAGAGUUGAUGUAAAAUUUGGUGGUGGUAAAUACCGAUUUGUUGCUCAUAAUUCAAUUCAGGUACUGUCGUGUCACAGGUGACGUCGUGUCGAAUGAACAGGUAGAAUGUAGCACCAGGCGACAAGGCAUAGGCGACAGAAGACUAACGACAAGGCAUAGGCGACAAGUGACCAGCGACAACAGACAGGCGACUAAGUGAAGAUAGGUCAAGAUCCAAGCCCAAGGCCCAAGAUAUGUCGCGCCGUCAUAUAAGCAGAACAAGUUCAAAGAGUUGUCUAACAUUACGGAAGUAGUUGAAGACUGGAAAAGAUCAUGGGACAACAGUCAGUACAAGAUCCCUAUCUUCUAGGGAUCCUGUCAACCAACAAUACCGUUGAGUUUCACGUAUAAAGGCAUGGAGCAGCGAUACCAGAAGACACAAGAGUUAACUGAAGCUCUCAAUCAUUAAAGCAAGCAUUGUAUUUUCAUUCUUUAAAGCGAUCAUUGUAUUAGUCUACCUUAUUUUUUACGGAGCAUAAACAAUUCUUUAGAUAACUUAGGAUACUUAGUGGAUUGAUAGCCUCAUAGCUAUCCGCGGUUUUUUACCUUAAUCCUGGGUUUUCUGCGUCAA